CACCGACCACCACGCAGCGGCGAGCGAGCAAAGCGUGGCACGAGGGGAGGAAAAGGAGCGGCCGCGAUCGUGCAAGAUGGUGAACUUCAUCGAGGCGCAGAAGCCGCUGCUGUCGCGGCUGAUGAAGAUGGCUGGGCUCCGCCCCAUCGAGGUCGAGCUGGAGCCGGGCACCACCAUGCACGUCUGGGCGCCCAAGCACCACGUCGGCAAGAAGGGCACCACCAUCAGCCCGCUCGACCCUGCCGGCGGCGGCGGCAAGAAGCCCGGGGGCAGUAAGAAGAGGAGGAGCCCCGAGUCGAGGCCGAACGUGGUGCUCAUCCACGGCUUCGCCGCCGAGGGUAAUGUCACGUGGCAGUUCAACUUCGGCGUGCUCGUGUCGCGCUACAACCUCUACAUCCCGGACCUCAUGUUCUUCGGCAAGUCCUCCACGUCGAGCGCCGACCGGUCGCCGGACUUCCAGGCGGCGUGCGUAGCGGGGGCGCUGGCGCGGCUGGGCGUGGCGCGGUGCGACGUCGUGGGGUUCAGCUACGGGGGCAUGGUGGCGUUCAAGCUGGCGGAGGCGCGGCCGGAGCUGGUGCGGUCGCUGUGCGUGUCCGGGUCCGUGGUGGCCAUGACGGACGCGGUGAACAGGGAGACCAUGGAGCGCCUGGGCGCCGGGUCGUCGGCCGAGCUGCUCAUGCCCGAGACGCUCAAGGGGCUCAAGGCGCUGCUCUCCAUCUCCAUGUACAAGAAGAUGUGGUUCCCGGACAGGUUCUACAAGGACUACCUCAAGGUGAUGUUCACCAGCAGGAAGGAGAGGAUGGAGCUGUUGCAGGGGCUGCUAAUCAGCACCAUGGACGCCAAGAUCCCUGUAUUCCAACAGAAAAUCAUGCUGCUGUGGGGCGAGGAGGACAAGAUCUUCGACAUCGAGCUCGCCAAGAAGAUGAAAGAGCAGCUCGGCGACAAGUGCUUCCUGUACGGCAUCCGCAAGGCCGGCCACCUGCUCCACGUCGAGCGGCCGUGCGCCUACAACCGCCAGCUCCAGAGGUGGCUCGCCUACGUCAACUCCACCGCGGCAGGAGAAGAGCAGGCCAGCAGCUGAUCGGCCCCGUCCCCAGAACGGCGCCGUGCCCCACCGCCGGAGAGUCGUUGAAGGCGGCGCAGGGGCUAUACAUGUGCUCGCCCAAUCGUCCUGCUCCUGCUCAUAGGGAUCAUGCAUGCAUCCAGUUCAUGAGUUCAUAUCGAUACGCCGUGACCGUUCCUUCUACAUGCACCUGUUCUUGCCCUCUUUCUCUGUUACUCCCUGGCCCUGCUGGUUCAGUACAUUCGUUUUGGAUCAAUUCUUUGUAACUCUCCAGUCAACCACACACGCAAAGUAAUGUAAGUUCUUACAAAAAUGUAAUGUAACAAAGAUUUCUUUUUCUUGGUU